AUGCCCUUGGCGAGCUCACCAGACUGCCAGAUCCGGGCAGAAGACAAAGCUCUCAGGCUACUCUUUCCAACAAUUGAAGACCCGCUUACGAACUCCUUUGAUGACUACGUCAAUCAAGCACUCUACGACCUAAGUGACGACGACAAAGAAGACUUCUUCAUAGGAGAUGUUGGAGAUCGGGGCGGCAGCAGCCAGUCACCAAUCGGUGCUGCUGCAAGGCACAAGGAAUCGUCCCCACAACCUUGGCGCAAGGGCUUAUGGUGCCUUAAUCAAAAUGAAUCUUCUGUUCGCUGUCCUAAUGGAAGCCACAAUCAACUCAAAAUCCCCAGUCAGCCAUUGAAUCGAGCCGAUCUGCAAGAUCCAAGAUCGCCUUCUCUCACUCCUUCGCAAAAAGGAACAAAGAGAUCUGUCACGAGUCCCAAAGCGGCGACUAUCCGACCAAAUCCAUAUGUCCGACACACGCACUCACGAGAGGUGACACUUUCGCCUAGUCCAAUGUAUGCAAGAUUACCAAAUGGCAAGAUGCCACACCAUGAGACCUGGCAGCAAGACUUUCAGAAUUUCCACUUGCAAGUUCAAGAUGACGUGCUGCCUCUUUCACCGCCACCUUCCGGACGUCCAGUUCAGCGGGGGAAUGCUACGAGGAUGAAUGCAAUUAAUGUUGUACACAAUGGUGCUCAUAUGCAGACUCUAGAUCUGACGAUGCCGAGCUAUGACAUGAGCCAGCCAAUUCCAUCCAUCGAGCAGCUUGACCCUGACCUGUACGUGCCUCGUCCGAAUCCAACAUUCAUGCCCAGUGGACCCACCGUCUUGUCUAGUCCGACAGACCAGAGCAAUCUAGCAUCUCAUUAUGCUUCUCGGGUACAAGGGCAGAAAAUACCGGCCUGGCACACCGAACCAGUCGGAACAGGACACAAGUCGGCCUAUCUAUAUAAUUCUCAAUCUCAGAUGAUGGAAGGGGAACAAACUCAAGCAUGGUGGUCACCUCCACCUACCACAUCAAAUCAUUCAGCUACGUCAAGCUUCGAACAAGCGCAUGAUGAAUACUAUCCGAGAAUUGCUGCUCCAAGCCCUCAGCGGCCGGUUCACCAACUGAUAUCAUCAUCCUCUCAUGAUCUUCAGUUAGGAGGUCUUAUGAUUCAGUAUCCUUCCGGCGAUAGCCAUGCACCAAAAUCCGACACCCAUCAACCUGCCGAGCCAUUAUCCGCAGCUGGCCCUCCUUUUUCACCAACAAGCGUGUACCCGCCAUUGCCUUCACUGAAAGGUGACAGCUACCGUGAAGCAUUCUCCCCCACCUCACCCUUCACAACCCCGCGGAGACGUCAUCAAACCUCUCCGGACAGAUCUGCUUCGAUAUCUCCAACCAAUACGACUCGUUCGACGCGCCAGACCUCUCCAACGCGCUCCACCCGUCGGAAAAGCAUGGGCAAUCCGAAAACGUCUGGCGUUUCCAAAACCCCUCGAACACCAAGGACACCCAAAACGCCGAAUGGGGGAUUCGAGAUGAAUUUCGUCAAUCUUACCGCCGCGGAUAGCGCUAAAUUGUUGAGUGACGUGGCGCCAAGUGGGAGUUCGAAAACCAGGGCAAGAAGGGAGCAAGAGGCCCGAGAAAAGAGGAGGAGGCUCAGCGAAGCGGCUGUCAGGGCAGUAAGAAGGGCUGGUGGGGACGUAAAGGCCUUGGAGAAGGCUAUACAGACGUAG